AUGAGGAGGGACAAUCAGAGCAGUGUGUCCGAGUUCCUCCUCCUGGGGCUCCCCAUCCAGCCAGAGCAGCAAGGCAUGUACUACGCCCUGUUCCUGGGCAUGUACCUGACCACGGUGCUGGGGAACCUGCUCAUCAUCCUGCUCAUCAGGCUGGACUCUCGCCUCCACACCCCCAUGUACUUCUUCCUCAGCCACUUGGCCCUCACUGACAUCUCUUUCUCCUCAGUCACGGCUCCAAAGAUGCUCAUGAACAUGCUGACACAGACUCAAUCCAUCUCCUAUGCUGGGUGCAUUUCCCAGGUAUAUUUUUUCUUGUCAUUUGGGGGUCUUGACAGCUUCCUUCUGACCUCAAUGGCCUAUGACAGAUAUGUGGCCAUCUGCCACCCACUCCACUACACCACCAUGAUGAAUCAGAAUCUCUGUUUGCAGCUAGUUAUUGUGUCUUGGGUUUUAUCCUCCACCAAUUCCCUUGUACACACCCUCCUCCUAGCCCGGAUCAUGAGGAGGGAUAAUCAGAGCAGCAUAUCUGAGUUCUUCCUCCUGGGGCUCCCCAUCCAGCCAGAGCAGCAAGGCAUGUACUACACCCUGUUCCUGGGCAUGUACCUGACCACGGUGCUGGGGAACCUGCUCAUCAUCCUGCUCAUCAGGCUGGACUCUCGCCUGCACACCCCCAUGUACUUCUUCCUCAGCCACUUGGCCCUCACCGACAUCUCUUUCUCCUCAGUCACGGCUCCAAAGAUGCUCAUGAACAUGCUGACGCAGACUCAAUCCAUCUCCUAUGCUGGAUGCCUCUCCCAGUCAUUUUUUUUCUUAUUGUUUGGGGGUCUUGACAGCUUCCUUCUGACCUCAAUGGCCUAUGACAGGUAUGUGGCCAUCUGUCACCCCCUGCACUACACCACCAUCAUAAGCCAGAGCCUCUGUUUCCUGCUAGUGGUUGUGUCCUGGGUCUUAUCCUCUGCCAAUGCCCUUUUGCACACCCUCCUCCUAGCCCGUCUCUCUUUCCUUAGAGGCAUCACUCUGCCCCACUUCUUCUGUGACCUCUCUGCCUUACUCAAGCUGUCCAGCUCUGACACCACCAUCAAUCAGCUGGCUAUUCUCACGGCAGGAUCAGCAGUUGUUACCCUGCCAUUCAUGUGCAUUCUGGUCUCUUAUGGCCACAUUGGGGCCACCAUCCUGAGAAGACCCUCCCUCAAGGGCAUCUGCAAAGCCUUAUCCACAUGUGGCUCCCACCUCUCUGUGGUCUCUGUGUACUAUGGAGCAGUUAUUGCACUCUAUAUUGUCCCCUCAUGUAAUAGCACUAAUGACAAGGAUAUUGCUGUGUCUGUGUUGUAUACUCUGGUCAUCCCCAUGGUGAACCCCUUUAUCUACAGUCUGAGGAAUCGGGAUAUAAAAGGAGCUCUCAGAAACAUCCUCAGUGGAGGAACCAUUUCAACAUGA